AUGUGGUCUGUAACGUCGUUAAGACGAGACAAAAAAGCCAAAGAAAGCCAGCAUGGUACCUUUCUGGCCCAGAAAAUGAAAUUUUCUACCUCCAAGCAACAGUCAUUGAGCCUGUUACCCCCACCCGGUAGCAGGAAAAUCAAGGAAACCAAGAUCAUCUGGCAUCAUCCCAUUUAUUCAGAGAAGGAAAUCCGAGACAUUUGCGUCGCUCAUCGCGACGCCAGUUGCAUGUCUGACAAAGUCGCCCUCAGCCUUGUGCACUUACUCCGAUGGGGUACUGACUUUGCUACUGGGUAUCGGAUCGAAUCGCUGAUUGAAGAAGCCUACAACGAACGUAUGCAUUUGCUGACAUUCAUGAAACUGGCGGAGCCGGGCCCUUUCAUGCGCCUAAUGGUUCUUGGGGCACAGGGAGUCUUCUUCAAUAUGUUCUUCUUGGCCUACUUCGUCUCGCCCCGAACCUGCCAUCGAUUUGUGGGAUAUCUCGAGGAAGAAGCCGUGAUCACGUAUACACAUGCCAUUCACGAUAUUGAGGCUGGAAAAUUGCCCCUUUGGACUCACCUAGCGGCCCCCGAAAUUGCGGUCAAAUACUGGGAAAUGCCGGAAGGGAAGCGUCGGAUGGUCGACCUCUUGCUUUAUGUUAGGGCGGAUGAGGCAAAACAUCGCGAGGUCAACCACACGCUAGGAAAUUUGGAUCAAAGGAAAGAUCCGAACCCUUACACUGCCGAGUACCAUGACCCGAGCCAACCACAUCCAAUUGAUGGGCCUGAUUCAAAACGGUCAUGUGGCUGGGAGAGAAACGAUAGAGACUGCUCUAAAAAAUCCGGCAGUGCUAGGAUUGGAAAGCCCAUUCUACUAGCUGUCCAAUUCCUCGAGGAGCGAGCGAACUAUCAGUCAAGAAGUGAACGCACGGCCCACGAAAACAGAUUUGCAACCCUUGUUCGCCGCGAUGAGUGGCGAGGCGCGAAGACUGAGAUCCGCACUGACGCUGAGCGAACUUUUUUGACGCUAGAGUCAAUCUCUUCGCCAGAACAAACGCCCUCCGUGCCAAGCGAAAAUGCGUCAAACCCUGUGGAAGCCCAAGGCACUGAAGGCCAGAAUGAUGCUGCUGUUUGGCGCAUUGGGUCCAGCCGGCAAAGACGGAGACCAAGGUCCCCAGGGGUCUUCCAGGAACUCCAGGCUUUGCUGGAGCAGCCGGUAUGCCUGGCCCAAUGGGCCCUCCUGGGCUUCCAGGCCGUGAUGGGCCCACCGGAACUCAAGGCAGACCCGGAUGCCAGGGUUUCCAGGGCCCACAAGGUCCGCCAGGUCCAUCAUGUCAUGAUGGCGAGGAUGGCCGCGAUGGCAAGGAUGGCCGCGAUGGCAAGGAUGGCCGCGAUGGCAAGUAUGGCCGCGAUGGACGUCAUGGUCGCGGUGGAGAAAGAGGAAUUCCUGGACAGCCUGGCAUGCCUGGGAGAAUGGGUCGCGCGGGGAGAAGAGGUUCUCGCGGGCCACCGGGCCGGGAUGGGCGAAGUUGCGACCGCAGACCAACUUCCACGCAAGGGCUUCCGCAUGCACGAUAUCAUCGACACAAUUCGGUGCCGGGAAAUACGACAGAAAAUCGGAUUGUUGUCAUCAUCAAUUGAAGCGUACGAUGUUCUUAUUUUUCUUCUUAUCGGCAUUGCUGUUUUCUAG